CCCGCUGCUUGUGCUUUCCUUCAGUUUGAGCAGCGUGGAGUGAAGGAGAAGUACCUGAUUCAUUCUGCGGGAAUAGCGGCUUCUAGCUUCUUCAGAAUGGACUCCUCCUUGAAUGCAGCUCAAAUUCGCCAGAAGUUCAUUGACUUUUUCUGUCGCUAUGAGCACCCGUACGUUCACUCUUCAUCCACCAUCCCCCUGGAUGACCCCACGCUGCUUUUUGCCAAUGCCGGCAUGAACCAGUUCAAGCCCAUCUUCCUCAACACUAUUGAUCCAUCACAUCCCAUGGCCAGGCUGCGUCGUGCUGCCAACACCCAGAAGUGUAUUCGUGCAGGAGGCAAACACAAUGAUCUGGACGAUGUGGGUAAAGAUGUCUACCACCACACCUUCUUUGAGAUGCUGGGCUCCUGGUCCUUUGGGGACUACUUUAAGGAAUUAGCCUGUAAAAUGGCCUUGGAGCUGCUGACUCAGGAGUUUGGUAUUGCUUUAGAGCGCCUGUAUGUCACCUACUUUGGAGGUAAUGAGGAUGCAGGCCUGGAGCCUGACCUGGAGUGCAAACAGAUCUGGAUGGACUUGGGCGUGGAUGAGGCUCGCAUCCUGCCGGGCAGUAUGAAGGAUAACUUCUGGGAGAUGGGAGAUACUGGCCCCUGUGGCCCUUGCAGUGAGAUCCACUACGACCGCAUUGGAGGGCGAGACGCCUCUCACUUGGUGAACAUGGAUGAUCCCGAUGUGUUGGAGAUCUGGAACCUGGUGUUUAUCCAGUUCAACAGAGAGUCAGAGACGGAGCUGAAGCCGCUGCCUAAGAAGAGCAUUGACACAGGGAUGGGUCUGGAGCGCCUUGUGUCUGUACUGCAGAACAAGAUGUCCAACUAUGACACUGACCUUUUCAUACCGUACUUUGAAGCCAUUCAGAAGGGUACGGGUGCUCGACCUUACACAGGAAAAGUAGGUGCUGAGGACGCUGAUGGUAUCGACAUGGCUUACCGUGUGCUUGCUGACCACGCCCGCACCAUCACCAUCGCCUUAUCAGAUGGCGGUCGGCCUGACAACACAGGAAGAGGCUAUGUGUUAAGGAGGAUCCUGCGCCGUGCGGUCAGAUAUUCUCAUGAGAAGCUGGGCGCUCAGAGAGGCUUCUUUGCCUCUCUCGUGGAUGUAGUGGUCGAUUCCCUGGGUGAAGCAUUCCCAGAGUUGAAGAAAGACCCAGAAAUGGUGAAGGAUAUUAUUAACGAGGAAGAGGCGCAGUUCCUUAAAACCCUCAGCAGAGGGCGCCGUAUCCUGGAUAGGAAGAUAAUGAGUCUGGCUGACACAAAGACAAUCCCAGGUGACACAGCAUGGUUGCUGUAUGACACAUACGGUUUCCCUCUGGACCUCACCUCCCUUAUUGCUGAGGAGAAAGGCAUGGAGGUUGACCUGGCUGGCUUCGAGGAGGAGAAGAAGGCUGCACAGUUGAAGUCCCAGGGUAAGGGCGCGGGAGAUGAGGACCACAUCAUGUUGGACAUCUACGCCAUCGAAGAGCUGAGAAACAAGCAGAUACCCGCCACAGAUGACUCUCCCAAAUACAAUUAUACCUCAGAUGAAAACGGCAACUACCAGUUCCAGCAAACCUCAGCUACAGUGCUUGCCCUCCGUCACGACCGCGCCUUCUGCGAUGAGGUGACCACGGGUCAGGAGUGCGGCGUGGUGCUGGACCAGACGUCCUUCUACGCAGAGCAGGGUGGACAGACGUUUGAUGAAGGCUACAUGCUCAGAGAGGAUGACAGUACAGAGGAUCGCAUGGAGUUCUCGGUGAAGAAUACGCAGGUUCGAGGAGGUUACGUUCUCCAUGUGGGUACAGUCUAUGGCACACUGAAAGUUGGAGACCGUGUCACCUUACACGUAGAUGAGGCUCGCCGUAGACCCAUCAUGAGCAACCACACUGCCACACACAUCUUGAACUUUGCCCUGCGUGGGGUGCUAGGGGAGGCAGACCAGAGGGGCUCCCUGGUUGCCCCCGAUCGCCUGCGCUUUGACUUCACUGCUAAAGGUGCUCUCAGCACUGAUGAGAUCCACCGGACUGAGGAGAUCGCUUGUACCAUGAUAAAAGAUGCUAAGCCUGUGUACGCAAUGGAAGCAACCCUCGCAGAAGCCAAAGCGAUUCAGGGUCUGCGCGCUGUAUUCGAUGAGACAUACCCCGACCCGGUCCGUGUCGUGUCUGUUGGCAUUCCUGUCCCAGAACUGCUGGCCGACCCCAACAGUGCUGCUGGCUCCCUCACCUCCAUCGAGUUUUGUGGUGGAACCCAUCUGCAGAACUCGGGUCACGCCGCGCCGUUCGUCAUCGUCUCAGAGGAGGCCAUCGCUAAGGGCAUCCGCCGCAUCGUUGCAGUGACAGGAACAGAGGCCCAGAAGGCUCAAAGGAAAGCUGAUGCCCUGCGCCAGUCUCUGUCUGCCCUUGGAGACAAGGUGAAGCAGCAGACAAGCCCAAACAAGGACAUACAGAAAGAGAUUGCUGACAUGACUGAGUCGAUAGGCACCGCUGUAAUCUCUCAGUGGCAAAAGGAUGAGAUGAGGGAAACCCUGAAGGGCCUGAAAAAGACCAUGGAUGACUUGGACCGCAACUACAAGGCUGACAUCCAGAAGAGGGUUCUGGAGAAGACGAAGGAGGUGAUUGAAAGCAACCCAAACCAGCCGCUGCUCAUCAUGGAGAUGGAAACUGGAGCCUCAGCUAAGGCUCUGAAUGAGUCACUGAAGCUGCUGAAGUCGCAGUCCCCUCAGACAGCUGCGAUGCUCUUCACUGUAGACCCAGAUGCUGGCAAGAUCACCUGUUUGUGUCAAGUCCCACAGGAUGUGGCUAACCGUGGCCUGAAGGCCAGCCAAUGGGUUCAGGAGCUGUGUCCCCUGCUGGACGGCAAGGGAGGCGGCAAAGACAUGUCUGCACAGGCCACGGGCAGGAACACACAGUGCCUGCAGGAGGCGCUCCAGAUGGCCAACGAGUUUGCACGGCUCAAACUGGGGGAGAACUAAGAGGCGCGAGGGUGGGGUCUGUGUGGGAGGUGCGGUUACAAACAUAUCGGGGAGUGAAGUGGAAAUUAGUCUGAAAUCUUCAAACAUCCUGUCUUCGUUUUCCUCUCCUCUUUUAGACUUAGAAAGGCUGGAAAACUAGCAAAACUCAACCACUGAUGCUCAGCCAGCAAUAAAUGAGCCACUCGUCUUUACUUUCUGCUUUGCCCUGUUAAAACUCGUCUCUCUGGGAAUAACUUGAACACAUAAGAUCCACUCAAAACUGGAGGAUGGCAGAUGAUUUCUACUUUCCUGUUUCCAACUCAUUUUUGCAUGCAGAGGAAAAGAAAAGGGACAUACAUUUGAUGUAGCCUCCUACAAGUACUGUGCAGCUCAGAAAAAUUGACAAAAAAUUCCCACCUUGGAGCACAAAGUGGGCUUUCGACAUACCACCAUCCUGCCUCCAUGUUUAGUUUCAUCUCACUGUAGUCCUGUUUGUUUAGAAACAAGCCCCCAAGGCACUUUGUCCUUCUUUUGGCUUCCUGUACCACUUGGGCUCAGGAAUAACAGUAAAGUUGACCCAGCUUGGACACAGUAUAAAUAAUGUCUAUCCUUUAUUGGCAGAAAGCAGUUUGGCUCCGUCCAUGUGUAUGACAAAAGCCUGUGUGCUCUCCUGUGAUUAGCUGGACUUGAGUUGUACAGUACAUGCAGUAGCUGUAUUAUAGUCUUCAAAUAACAAGCCAUUUUCUGACAUGUAAUAAAAUAAUGGGUUUAAUUUAGUAAAUUAAGAAUUCACUAACUGUAAAAUGAUCACGAACAUGUCUAGUAACCAAUCUUUGCAAUUUCAUGCUGCUGACAUUUAAUAUUGAUUAAUUAAAUGCAGAAAGUUUUGUUAUUGUAUCUGCUUCCUGUCACUGAAAUGUCACGCUAUGGGAUGGAAUAAAUACAGCUGACAAAUGCCA